AUGAUAUGGACUCAAUUCAAGGAAAUCUUCUACGAUAAGUACUUCCCUCAAUGUUUUCGAGACCAAAAAGUUUCUGAAUUUCAAGAACUCAAGCAAGGCAAUAUGUCAAUCAUUGAAUAUAAAGCUAAGUUCACCAAAUUGGCCCGGUUUGCUCCACACAUGGUAGAUACCGAUUAUAAAAUGGCACGAAAAAUUGAGGGAGGCUUGACUUUGGAAGUGUUUGACUGGGUUGGCAUCUUGAAGUUGCCUACUUAUGUAGAAGUAUUAGACAGAGCAUUGAUGAUGGAAGCUACCUUAGCAGCUAUGAGGCAAAGCAAGGCCCCAAUGACAAUAGAAUGGAGUGGAAAGAGGUCGGGGAACAAGUUUAGAAAAGGCAACUCCUUUGGAAGCAAGAAGCAAAACACGGGGUCUUACAGUAGCUCUAGUCAGAGUAAUGGGUCUAUACCAGUUUGUCCAGAUUAUGGAAGGAAACAUAAGGGCAUCUGUUAUCAAGAAACGGGUGCCUAUUUCAAGUAUGGUAAAACCAGCCACAUAAUGAGAGAUUGUCCAAUCCGGUCCGAGAAUACCAAUCGCCCCGCAGCAAGUUCAGCUGAAUCUUCUUCUGUAACCAUGUCAAAUGCCAGAGCUAAUGUCAGGGGUAACACCGGGAAUGAAACGCUAUGA